UGUUGCGCAUAAUGAUUAAAUAUCUUAUAUUGAUAAUUUAUAUCGGCUAUGCCGUGUCAAAACCAUUGCUGGAAGAUACGAGAAUUGUUGGUGGAAAGGAUGUCGAUAUAGCAGCGGUUCCCUACCAAGUUUCAAUUUUAAACAGAGGAAGACAUUCUUGUGGUGGUUCAAUCAUUGGCAACGAUUUAAUAUUAACAGCAGCGCAUUGUUUAAUCGGUUCAUCUCCAAUUAAUUUACAAGUUCGCGCUGGUUCAUCCUCCAGUACAAAUGGUGGAAAAAUUUAUCCCGUUGGUGACUUCGUAUGGAAUCCAGCUUUCACUUACAGCAAAAUGGAUAGUGACGUUGCGAUCAUUUGGUUAUCUAAGUCUCUUGAUUUGAGCCCACGUAUCGCUCCCAUUGAAAUGUUCAACGAUGGAGAAGAAAUCGAUGACGGUGAACUAACCGUUGUUACUGGAUGGGGAAAUCUUAGAGAAGGAGGUGGUCUUCCACAGACGUUACAAAUGGUGCUGGUCCCAAAAGUGAAUGAAAAUAGUUGUGGCAAAGCGUACGCACCACUUUAUGCCAUCACACCCAGAAUGAUCUGCGCUGGUAAUCCGGAAGGCGGAAAGGAUGCCUGCCAGGGUGACAGUGGUGGUCCUCUAGUUCACAAUGGAAAGCUCGCCGGUAUUGUCUCCUGGGGCUUAGGGUGCGCACGGCCUAAUUACCCUGGGGUCUACGCUAAGGUAUCAGCUCUCAGAAACUGGAUUGACGACCAAUCAAUUAAUUUAAGAAUGAAACACAUCUUUCGAACUCUGUAA